GCUUUGCCGCGUCGUAUGGAUUGAAUGUUGCUCGGCUAACACACUUAAAAUUAGGAGAAUAAGCACACAGCCGCCACCAAACGCCUCCGCAGCGCGCGUCGGCCGCCUUGCGCUGCCCGCAGAGCUUUGGCCAUCUCGCUGAAUCAGACAAAACUCACCUGUUCCCCCUCGCAGACUCGUUUGCGGUGGGCAACCGGCCGAUGACGUCGAUUUAGGGCCUCUCCGGAGGUCUUGGGAAAUUCCUCGCACGAAUUGGUAGAAAAUACCCGCGGCGCAAUCCGCGAUCGCGCACCGCCGCCGCGCACACGGCGAAGAAGCCAUGUUCACAUGGCCGAGUCGCGCGAGCGGGGGGCGAGACCCGUGCAAGCAAAGUUAUUCGACGCGGCCUCCAGCUUCGGGUGGGGGCCCAACAGAACGAGGAUUACAUCGGCCGUUCCCACGGUCACCCUUUCUUUGUGCGAAGUACUCGGUGGUUGCUACCGCCUCCCAUCCUUCUUCCGGCGCGUGUUCGAGGAAGGGAAGAUCGCUCUAGACGCGACUAGACGCGUCACUCACGAUUCGUGCGGGGUCUUGCUUGGCAGAGCCAGCUUUUUGGGCCCUUGGAUCUCCGAGCUGCGCGUCGCAUUGCUCAUCAAGCGCUCGCAGGAGCAUCUCGGAUCCGCCAGGAAGCAUCGUAGAAGUUUUGGCAGCCGAACAGACUGUACAGCCCUCACAAUCUGCAAGCACAGCCUAGCCGCUCUCCCAGAGGACAAGGCGCGGCGCGAGCCAGAGAGAUAAACUAUAGGUCAAAACAGAUGGCUGCCUUCGACGCCCCAAAAGGCGUCGGCGCGCGCCGCGUCUCGCGCAGUAUCAUGUCCUCUGGACCGAGCGGCACGAACUACCAGAACUUCGACCCGUUCGAAGCCGCCGACGCAAACCAGUCGAACUUCAGGCUCACGAGCCAGGACGACGACGAGCUCGAGGUGACCAUUCCCGUCGCCGACGGCACAACUAAGAAGGACGUCGCCGUGCGGUUCACGGCGCGGUCCCUGCGCGUCACUGUAAAAAAUGAGACGCUCAUCGACUCGCCGCUCAAGGGCCGCAUCUACCCCGACGAGUGCAGCUGGUCCUUCGGCACGGCGAGCGGCACGCGCGCUUUGAUCCUGUCGCUGGGCAAGCGCGAUAGUGAGAUGUGGUCCAAGCUAUUAGCAAGGACGCCGCCGGCGCCCGACGCGGAGGGCGGGCCGCAGUUUGUCCAGUGGCCCUACCUCGACCCGAAGUUCGGCGAAGGCAAGGGCGCGUACUGGGAAUCGUCGGACGACUCCACGGCGGCGUGGCGCGCCUACGACGCGACCACGGACGGGCCGCUCUGCGUCCACGCGACCCGAUGCCUCGCUGUCCGCGCGACCUACACGACGUGGCGCCGCGUCGUCGACGCGCUGGCGCCCGACGUGAGUGAGACGGAGCUGACGCUGAUCCGGCGGUGGUGCUACGCUCCCAAACGGCAUGUGAUGGAUUGUACGGAAGGGCUGCACUCGACGUUGGUGAAGGCCGCCGGCUGUGUGGAAAUCAAGCAGUGAGUUAGGUUCUAUCCAAGCCAUCGAGCAGACGCAGUUACGGGGACAACGUGCGACGCCCGAAAUUUGAUUUCCACACAGGCCGCCGGAGGCCCGUUCGAAAACGGUGACUGGGAAAGUCCUUAUCCCCUGCCGUACCACUGCGACGACCCGUGCGUGAUUCUGGAGCCGCGGCUCCGGCCGGCCGCGCGCGCCGCGAUGCUCGACUGCGUGCUGAACCUGCUCGUGCAGCCGCUGAUAACCGUCGCGGGCAGCGACCGCAGCUCGACCGACGGCGUGACGGACGGCGGCGUGUCCGAGGCUGUGUGGAAAUCAAAUUCCGGGCGUCCGCGUGAAAUCGACACGUAGGUCCGAGGCGUGGAUGAAGGACAUGACGGCCAAGGGCGAGGCCCUCAACGACUCCAUGCUCUCGCAGCAGUUGACCUGGUGGUGCCUCGACCUGGCGCUCUGGCACCACGUGCAGUCCAGCGCGAGGAUAAACGUUCCGUCCUACCCCCCAAACGAUGACCACACACAGGUGCCGUCGCGGGUCCAAGGACAGAGCGGCUUCGAGGCCGCCGUCAAUCCCUGUCGGCAUUGGACAGGGGACGGCAAGACCGGAAAGGCCGACUGCGCGAACGGCUGGACGGCGUUGUUCAUCAAGGUGCGCGGCGCUUUACUGGAUAAGCUCGGCCUCGCGGAGGACGACGACAUGCCCCUGAAACUCGCGCAGGAGAACCCUACAUUAUUGAAGGCGCUGGUCGAAGCGAAAAGCGACGCACCGCCGUGCUUGGACGCCUCGGGCAUCCAGAAGGUGCGGGCCUUCGUGCGCCGACACGCGGAGGGCGUCGUCCUCGCUUUGCUGCCGACGCAGGCCGCGGACGAGCCUACGGGCUUCGACUCGCCAGCGGCGCGGGGCAACUUGUCAGGAUAUGAUAUGCGUUUGGACGACUGGAGCUCCGCGCCCGGCGCGCUCGAGAACGCGGCGCGGAAUCCCCAGGCCGAGGCGAUGUCACGGUAACAUAUCCCGUCGACGGGAUAUGUUAUACGGCACUUUCACUUAGGGAGACCUCAAACGCGGCACUCGGCCCAAAACUCAAAAACCCACUUUCCCUUUAAAACGGUAGACGACAACGCGCAGACACAAAACGCAAAAUCGUAAGCCAAAAUGGAUUAAUUUUAAAGGGGAUAAUAGAUUUAGCCUAGU